AUGCCGCGAGCGAACACUGCGCCAGGAGCGCGGCUUCGGUGUCGACGCGCCUGUGACAGCUGUAAACGGCGGAAACAAAAAUGCAACGGUGAAUGCCCCUGUACAAUAUGCAUCCAACGACACAAGGAGGCGGAAUGCCACUUCUCCGAAAUACCCGCGCGUUUGCUCAAGCCCGGCGGCGGCGACACUAAGGACUCGACAAUGCUGCUCAGUGAACGGAUAGUACCUUCGCCGCAGAGAGAGACGGCGAUGGAUCGUCUGUUAAACUCGCUUGAGGACCGCGGAAUGAACUUGGAACAGCAGGUCAGAGACGAAAAGGAAGGAACCGCACCAGUGCCCAAAGUCGCACGACUCCUCCGUGAUGGUCAGGGCAAGUUCAUGUACAUUGGCGACUCGGCCAGUCUGUCUUUCCUGCAAAGUGUGCGCCGGGUCGUUUCUUCUUCAAUUGGCCGGUGUGAAUUCACCGAGGACAACUCUCGACACUCCAUGCUCGAGGCCUUCCAAAAUAAUCCAAGCACCCAACCCAGUGACCUCAUUGACCCUCCGCCAAACGACGAAGCUCAGCGGCUAGCCGGCCAGUACAUACUUGCCACAAGUCCUCUCCUAGAUUUAUUCGACCUAGAAGAGUUCCAUCCCCGCUUGGCGAACUGGGUUGCAAAUCCAUCCGGUGAUGAAGAUACCGUGAGCUCCAUUUUCUACCUGGUUCUCGCCAUCGGAGCGCAGGUUUCCGAUACCAACCAAACAUUGGCCGAGCAAUACUUUGGCAGCGGCCGCCAACUGGCGUUCUCCGCUUUUCAAGAAACGCCCAGCAUCCACACCAUUCAAUCAUACAUCCUAGUGUCCAUGUAUAUGCUUGGCGCGUGUAGACGCAACGGCGCAUUCAUGAACCUGGGUAUUGCUCUCCGAGCCGCCUAUGCCGUGGGAAUUCACCGCAAAGAUGCGAAUGCACUCUUCUGUGGUCGCGAACGGCGAGCCCGAGAGCGAGUAUGGAAAAGUCUCCGCAUGGUGGACCUAUUCCUCAGCGCGUCAUUAGGCCGACCUCCAGCGACGUCGGAUUAUGACUAUGAUAUUCGCGACGACCUGCUCGCUACCGGAGAAAAACACCGACACAUGAGCCCAGAGCAACAGAUCUCCCUCGCGGUGACCUCACUCUGCCGGAUCUUUGAACGGAUCCUUACGGACGUGUAUAUGAAGCAAGUGAUAUCAAUCACUGUCGCGGAAACAAUAUCCAAUCAACAUCGGGCUUGGGUUCGGACAUUACCUGCAGUACUCAAGAUGCAAACAGAACAGCUCGACCACAAGACCAUGGAGGGAAGCCUAGCCGCUGCCCAUGUCUUUGGAUCCUACUAUUGGUCCAUCAUUCUACUGACGCGGCCCUUCUUGAUCUACCGUGUGGCUCAAUAUGUCAAGAGCAAAUCCGACCCGUCCAGUACUUCCGACUCUCGAAGCGGCAGCUCUCGUAUUGCCCUUUUUGCAGAUGCGUGCGUCUACUCCGCUCUUCGUGGCCUCGACGUGGUAGAGGACCUCAGUCAAUUCCCGGCUCUGCCUCGGCGAUUGCCAUUCUUGAUCAAUUCGGUCUUCAACUCAGCCAUUGUACUCGGGGCCGCUUUCUUUGCCGAUUACGAUAAUCUCUUGCCUCUCGCAGAGGGCAUGAACAAGGCAGAGCAGUUCCUUGGUCACUUUGUUCCUCACGACCCACAUGCAUGUCGUUUCUACCAGAUCAUUAAGUAUCUAAGAGGCGCGGUAUCGGAGUACGUUCAGCGUCGCAAUCGUCAAUGGAUGGAGCGCCGCAGCAGACAGGUCGAUCAAUUGUUCGGCCAAGUUGGAAACGACAAUUUGACUUCUACUUCUGAUCGUGAAAUCCCCCCACUCAACCAGCAACCUGAGCCACAACACGAACCGCCAACUGUACCUUCUCAAGCGUCCCCAGAUAAACUCCCCGGCGACCCCCUCCCUCCACUCGGAAACGACGUUUGGGAUUCCCUGUAUAAUGGUGCGGACGCAACUGCUCUUUCUUAUGAUGCCGCCAUCUCCGCGCUAACCACCUCCGGAAUCCCCGUCGACUGCUCUCCUGGUGGAACAAUCCCCCCCGGCGCAGGACAACUCCCUGCCCCCGGUGGCCCGUCUCCGCUGUCUGAUAUGAUCUUUCCUGAAAACGGUCUGCUGUACAUGGCGGAAGAUCUACCCAUGUUUGGAAUUUGGGAGGAUACUUGA